AUGAAUUUUGAAGAAAAAAAACAAGACAAUCCAAUGGAUUUGGGUCUGUCAUAUUUAUCCAAUAGCGAUGAAGAACCAAACAUAGUCAAUACCAAUAUAACAGAAUCAACCUUUGAACAAGAAAAACAAAAAGAAUUUAGUAGCUGUGCAAAUAAUAAUGAAAAAAUAUCAAUAUCAGACAGUAGAAUUUUUGGCAUCAAUGAAAUUGUUAAAACUGAAGUUAUUAAACAAAUUACAUCGGCUCUAUCGUAUAAAAGUUUAGAACAAUUAGUACAAGCAGAGGUUGAAAAAUAUCUAUCUAAUAUCAAUGUUGAAAAUAUAAUUCAAAAAAAAAUUCAACAACAAUUAACCCAAGAUUUACAACUUCAAGAACUAUUAUCUCCGAUAAUAUCUCAUUCCCAACAAUCUUGUAAUAUAGAUUAUGAUAAAAACAAUAAUAAUAGCAACAAAAUAGAAAACAAUGUAAAUAAUAAUAUUAAUGGUAGUUCAACUAUCUCUACUUUAACAAACAAUGAAAUUAAUAUAAAUACCAAUAAUAAUGUAAAUAAUAAUAAUAAUAAUGACAUUGAUAAUAAUAUAGACGAUAGUUGUAAAAUAGAUAACAAUAGUAACAUAGAUAACAUAGACAACAUAGACAACAUAGAUAAUAGCAUAGAUAGUAAAAACAUAGAUAACAACUCUAUUAAUAUAGAUAAAGAUAGUAUAGAUAAUAUUGCUAAAGAUACAACUAUUAAAGACACCAUUAUGGACAGUAUAGAUAUAACCCAUAAUAAUGAAAAUAAUAAUAAUGUUGAUGUUAAUGAUAAAUAUAGCAAUAAUGCUGAUGAAAAUAAUAAUAAUGUUGAUGUUAAUAAAGAUAGCAAUUAUGCUGAUGAAAAUAAUUAUAGCAUCAACAAUAUUGGUAAUAAUGAUAAUAGUGAUAAUAAUAUUGAUAUAAAUGAAAAUAUUUUUUAUGAUGUUAUUAUAGACAACCAUAAUACGGAUAAAAAAUUAGAUAGUAACACAGAAAACAAUAUAGAUAAUAAUAUAGAUAAUAGUAUAGAUAAUAGUAUAGAUAAUAGUAUAGAUAAUAAUACGGAUAAUAUAGACAAUAACAAAAUGGAUAAUAAUGAUAAAGAUAACAACAAUCAAACCAAUCCAACCAUAGCAUCACCAGAAAAACCUAAAGCAAAAUCAACUAGAGGUAGAAAAAAAAGAAAAAUUGAUGAAUUAAAUGAUAGUCCAACCAAUAGCAAUGAAAGCUCACCUAUCCACCAAAAUAAAAAACUGAAUAAAACUAUAGUUAACAAAACUAACAAAGUUGGUAAAAAAGGUAAAAAAGAUAAUAAUAUAUUUUUAUCAGACUAUUUAUCAGUAGAAGAGUACAAUCAAAUGGUAAAACAAGAAAAAGAUAAAGUUUCAAUUUCGGAAAACUAUUAUUUCGUUAGACACAAUAAAACAAUAACAAGCAAGCAUAUUGAAAUCUUUAAAGAGAAAAAAGCAAAAGAUCCCAAUUUUGAAAUGCCAAUAUAUGUUAGACACCACGAACAAAGUGAUGAAAAUCAUUUGAAUUGGUUCGACGCAUUUUUGGUAUCAAUAGAUGAGAAGAAGAGAACUUGCACUGUUUGGUUUGAAGAAGAGCCUGAAGGAGGUCAGUUCCAAGUGGAGUUCAGUAGAGUAAUGAUUGAAGAAUUUGAUUCAAUAGACAAAAUUUACAACUUUUCCCAAUUUGAAAAGAAAAUUCAAAAAGAAAAUUUAAAAACUCCCCUUGUUUAUUUAGCAGAUUAUAAAAUCCAAAGAGGCACUAAAGAAUUUGGAUAUAUGCAGGAUAUUUUAAUAGUCAAAACUUUCACCGCUACCAAUAUUUUGGUUUUUAUUUUAAAAGAAAGAAAGCUAAUUUCUCUACCAAUGCAAAAUAUUUUUAUUAGAAAAACUUUAUAA